ACUGUUAACACGCUGUUAGCAGUCUGUUUUGAUGGAAUCGAGUUGGGAUUUUACCCAAACUUUCGUUGCAACAGGUUAUCAUUUCCUCCCCUUUCCGAGCACCACCGAAAACAAGUGCAUCCGGUAAAUGACUCAAUGUACCAGUCGCAACUAGCUGUCCCUUCGACUUGUUAAAGAUGAGUGGAGCAGAAACAAGAGACGCCGUCAACCACGAAAAUGUGAACAGGACUAGAUCAAGAUCAUAUCUGGAUGAUUCGAUUCCUAUCCGGCUACUUCCGCUGUCAGUGCGUCAUCAGCUAUGUGCCCACCUGGAUGCACUGGAUGUGUGGCAAGUGAUGGCUACAGCGGCGAAACUAUACCCGUCCCAAGUGGAUCAGAUACACAGUGAGAAGCAGAGGGGGCGCUCGGCGUCCAACGAGUUUCUCAAUAUCUGGGGUGGCCAGUACAAUCACACGGUCCUAACUCUGUUUGCAUUGUUUAAAAAGUUGAAACUCCACAAUGCCAUGCGGGUGAUUAAGGACUACGUUAGCGAGGACCUACACAAAUACAUUCCACAAAGCGUGCCCACAAUAAGCGAACUGCGUGCUCCUCCCGAUUCCAGUGUCAGGAUAAACAAUGGCCCGCCCUAUCCCUCAUCCUCAGGUGUAAGCAACUCCAAUAAUAACCAAAGCACAACGUCACCAGAAGAUCCCAGUCUGGAGUCCUUGGGCAACAUUCACAUCAGCACUGUCCAAAAGGCAGCCGAGUCCCUUAUGGAGAUUGACUAUAACGAGCUGGAAACUGGCACCAACAAAUGGUGUCCGGAAAAUCGCCUGGGACAGGGUGGAUUCGGUGAGGUGUAUCGCGGACAGUGGAAGCAGAUGGAUGUUGCUAUCAAGGUGAUGAACUACCGCAGCCAUGUUGACAAGACCCAGGUAGAGCUGCAGCAGAGCUACAACGAACUCAAGUAUCUCAACUCAAUCCGACACGACAAUGUAGUGGCCCUUUACGGCUACAGCAUCAAUGGGGAAAAACCAUGCUUAGUAUACCAACUGAUGAGUGGUGGCUCUUUGGAAAAUCGCUUGCGGGCUCACAAAUCGGAUGCGUCGCUUCCACCAUUGACUUGGCGACAAAGGUUCAAUAUCUGUGAUGGCACAGCCAGGGGCAUCUACUUCAUGCAUACGGUCCGCGGUACGCCGCUCAUCCACGGAGACAUUAAACCCGCGAACAUACUUUUGGACCAGUGCCUGCAGCCCAAGAUUGGUGAUUUUGGUCUGGCUCGAGAGGGCCCGAAGUCCAUAAAUGCCGUGAUGCAGGUGAAGAAAGUGUUCGGCACUAGAAUCUACCUGCCGCCGGAGUUUCGCCACUCAAAAAACCUAAGCACAGGAGUGGAUGUAUACAGUUUCGGAAUAGUUUUACUGGAGGUGUUUACGGGCCGCCAAGUGACGGAUCGCUUGCCAGAGAAUGAUCUUCAGCAGGAUCUUCUUCACUACGUUAAACAGCACUGGCGGCACAAUCGCACAGAAGUUCUUGACAAGCACGUCCCAAUGCCAUUUGGUGCUGACCUGGACAUGUGCGUGUGUGCCAUUGAAACAGGACUAGAUUGCACUGCCAUAGAGCCGCAGAAUCGGCCGUUAAUGAGUACGGUUCUCAAUCGCUUUGCACCACACCGCAUAAAACCCCAACCAAUUUGAUUUCGAAUUUUGAUAUCCUUAUUACUGAUUAUGACUUGUUACUCAAUUGUCAUUUUUAAACGAAUGAUACUGACAAUUAUGUUUAUAAUAUAUAUUUUAUACACUGUUUUACUAA